AUGAUUUCUAUAUGGCUGAUUCUCGUUUUUGCUCUAUUACCUUAUAUAAACAGUAAUAAUAUUACUAUACGAAUCUAUUCUAAUCUAGCAGAAAUUAUUCGACCAUUCGACAAAUUACCUCUUGAAUUUAGUGAAGAUGAUUGGAAUAAUAUUCAAUCAGAUUCGAUUACACUUAUUGGUAAAAAUGUAAAUAUUUCAUCACAAACAAUAACAGAAACAAAGAAAAAUUUAAAUGGUAGUGAAAUAUAUAUUCGGUCACCGAUAACAUCCAAUAAACCAACACAUAAAUUAAUUAAAGGAAUUCUCAUCGAUGAUAUAAAUCAUCUAGUUAAAAUACAAGAUGAAUCCAUUGUUGAUCAUCAACCUCUAUAUCUCACUGUACCAAAUGAUCAAAUAUUAUAUGUCGAAAAACCAAUGAAACCAAAAUAUUCUGUUAAUUUUUCUUAUACAAGUGCUUUAGAUUCACAAAUAUUUGUCAGUUAUCUUCAAUCAAAUAUCAAUUGGCGAAUACAAUAUCAAUUAAAUUUACAUGAUAAUACAAGUACUUUUAUUGCUAUGGCUAAUAUUCGAAAUGAUGGGAAAUUACCGAUAACUGUUGAUCAAGCUGAACUUAUCGGUGAAGAUAUUAAUUUACGUAUACAAAAGCAGCAGCAAAAUGAUCGAACGCUUCGUAAAAUUCGAUUUGGUAGUGAAUCAAGUGCUCAAGCUAAAUCAAAUCCUAUGCAAAUUCUAUUUGCAGAUUCCAUUGAACCGAUUGUCGAACAAGGAAAUGAAUUUGUUGGAUUGUAUGUAUUCUCCAUCAAUAAAUCAAUCACAAUUGAUGGUAAAACAAAUUAUCUUCUACCGAUGUUUCAUCCAGAUAUUUCUGUUGAACAAUAUGGAUUAAUUUCAAAGACAUUUUCUACUCGAUCAAGCUAUGGUAAAGCUCAACGGUCUUAUCGUUUGAAAUCUGAUCGAUAUCUUUCUCGUGGAAAUUGUAUUAUAAGAGAACAAAAUCGAGUCAUUGGCGAAAUAGUAUUACCAAAUUUAGCAUCAAAAGAUAAACAUGAAUUUUCAAUUGGAGAAGAUGCUAAUAUUAUUUAUAAAGAAAAUGUAACAUUAAUUUCUAAUCAAACAUCAUCUGAUAAACGUAGAUCAUCAUCCAUUUAUGAAAUACAUAUACAAAUAAAGAAUUUUAAAGAGAAUUCAAUUAAUAUUCAAUAUGAACAAAAAGGUUUUUAUAUUCAUCAUAGUUAUAAAUUAAUGAAAUCAACUAAACAUCAAUUUAUUCAAGAUGGUUCAUCAAUUAAAUCGAAUAUGACAUUAAAAGCAAAUAUGGACGAAGUUUAUUCUUAUACUGUUGAAAUUAUUAAUUAA